AUGGACAAGUAUCAAGAAUGGUUACUCAACGCGGAAAGUGGAUUUCCCCAUCAAGUUAACAUCGAGGACAGGACUCUACGGGACAUCCUUGAGUACCUAGUACCAUACACUGGGGCCGACCAAGCCAUCCCCGGCCUGUCAAACGAUACUGUGAAAUAUAGUGGAGGGACGUCCCAUGUCGUUGCUUUGGACAAAGAUGGCUUAGCCAUAUCGCUUACGACCAGCGUCGGCGAAUGGUUCGGGAGCAGAGUCAUGGAUCCGACCACUGGGAUUAUUUUUGGUGACGACAUGUCUGACUUUCAGCGCAAGAAACACCCCGAAAAUCCACUGGAGUUUGCAAAUAACCAUAUCCAAGGAGGUAAAAGGCCUCUUUCCGGAAUGUCGCCUACCAUCGUUACAAAUGAGCAGGGCGAAGUUUAUUUUGUUACAGGAUCUGCUGGUGGGACACGAAUUCCCUCUGCUACCUUACAAACAAUUGUCAAUGUUAUUGAUCGGGGGAUGUCGGUUGGAGACGCUAUCAGCUCACCACGUUUGCAUGAUCAGCUCAAUCCGAAUAUUACGGAGUUUGAUCUAUCGCUAACAAAUGACAAGAGGAUGUACAACAAACAAAUAGUGAGAGACAUGCGAGACAGAGGUCAUCCAUUUACGUGGGUUGAACCGGGAUUCUCAUCGGCCCAGGCUAUCAGGCGAGAAUCUGAUAAAGCUCCUGAAGCGUCUGGAGAGGAGUCGCAGAGUAAUUCAGGGGGAUGUAUAUGGUGGGAUGGAGUCAAAGAUUGUAAGUUCAAGCCUAACUAA